UGUCCUCCCGGCAGCUGCGCUGUGAGAGCCGCCAGGCGCAGCUCCCGUCACGGACAUCCUCUCUCCGUUCACCCCUUCAAACAAUGUUAUCUGUAUUCUGUAGGGCUCUAAAUCACUCAACACCGGCUACAUAAACACUCUGGGUUGAUUCUUCUCUCUACAGGUUGCCAUGGCAACGGUGGUGAUGGAGCAGAUUGGUCGCCUGUUCAUCAAUGCACAGCAGCUGCGUCAGAUCCCUCAGCUGCUGGAGUCGGCCUUUCCCACCCUGCCUUGCACUGUGAAGAAGGCAGACGUUCCCUGGGUGUUCCGCGAGCGUCACAUCUUCGCUGGCUACAGGCAGACAGACCACAGCUGGCGAUACUACUUCCUCACCCUCUUCCAAAGGCACAACGAGACCCUCAACGUGUGGACCCACCUGCUUGCUGCCCUCAUCAUCCUGGUCAAGUGGCAGGAGAUCUCGGAGACGGUGGAUUUCCUGCGAGACCCUCACGCUCAGCCGCUCUUCAUCGUGCUCCUCGCAGCCUUCACCUACCUCUCCUUCAGCGCUCUCGCUCACCUCCUCUCUGCAAAAUCUGAGCUCUCCUACUACAGCUUCUACUUCCUCGACUAUGUGGGUGUGUCAGUCUACCAGUAUGGCAGUGCCCUGGCUCACUACUACUACGCCAUUGAGAAGGAGUGGCACACUAAAGUGCAGGGUCUCUUCUUACCUGCUGCAGCAUUCCUGGCCUGGCUCACCUGCUUUGGCUGCUGUUAUGGAAAGUAUGCCAGUCCUGCUUUGCCCAAGUUUGCCAACAAGCUCUUCCAGGUGGUGCCCUCCGCUCUGGCUUACUGCUUAGACAUAAGCCCGGUGGUUCACCGCAUCUACAAGUGCUACCAGGAGGGCUGCUCCGACCCCGUCGUGGCGUACCAUUUCUACCACGUGAUCUUUUUCCUCAUCAGCGCCUAUUUCUUCUGUUGCCCACACCCGGAGAGUUUGUUCCCCGGAAGGUGUGACUUCAUCGGGCAGGGCCACCAGCUCUUCCACGUGUUCGUGGUAGUGUGCACCCUGACACAGAUCGAGGCGCUAAAAACAGACUUCACAGAGCGCCGGCCAUUGUACGAGCGUCUGCACGGGGAUCUCGCACACGAUGCUGUUGCACUCUUCAUUUUCACUGCCUGCUGCAGCGCUCUUACAGCUUUCUAUGUGCGCCAGCGUGUUCGUGCCUCUCUCCACGAGAAGGAGCAGUAAGAAAUGAAAUGAGGGGGAAAAAGUCUAGAUAAUUUUACUCUAUAGUGACCAUUUAUUUAUUCAAUUUUUUGUCAAUUACCAGUUUGUGACAGUGACUUAUGAUCAUUUCUUCUUCAUGUGAUCUGCCAAACUACCAGUGAGUUAAUAAAAAAAAAAAAAGGAUUCAAGUUGUUUUUAUGACUUACAGUAAGAAAAAAAUACUGUCAUGGUGUGUCUGAAGUAUUACAGGUUGUUCUUAAACACUGGAUCAAGUUCUUGCAUCUUUAUUCUGCUCCUUAAUGAGUCUGUAAGGAUGUUUUAAGGCAGAGUCUUAAGAAAAGUAUUUUCACCUCAGCCUAAAAAAAUACAUACCAAGUUUAGACAGCAGACAAAUUAAGAAGCUAGUUUCCAAAAAUGGCCUCUUACAAAAAGUGUUCUGGAUAUUUUCACUCUGUUAAUGAAACUGUGGAGCCUUGAAUGAUGCAAGCAUUUCUUUUUUUUUUCUGUGCUGAAACUACCUGUCUGUUGCAGACGGAUACUGAUUCUAAUCCGAUGAAUGUCUUUGGUCUUGACAAACAUUUUUGAUCUUCAAGUUUUCUCCCUUUUGAUUCUGCCCCCUCUCUUUAGGCAUCAAAGCGGGGACUUUAUUUCAAUUUAUAAAUACACUGUGCCACAGAGGAUUGACAAAUAUUCAUUGCAAGUUGAGAACCCAAUUUGAAAACCAAAUACUUAAUAUCAUAUAUAUAUAUAUAUAUAUAUCAAAAGGAUUUCUCAUUCUGUUAAAUAACAUUUGAAAAUGAGGCUGGCACUCAGUAUUGGUAAAGAGAUGGAGGGAAGAUUACUGAUGUCUCUUUGUUGUCUACCAAUGUAAAUCUUUUUUUAUUCAAAGGGCUGGAACUUCAGCUUUUGCCUUUUUCACCUCCCAUGAUGUCAGUGCUUUUUUGCGCGCUUUGUUUUCAUUGUAGGUCGAUCAGAUUUGAGUCACAGGAACCGUGUCUGACUGUUGUUCUGCUUUUGGUAUGUUUUUUGUUUUUGUAUGAUGAAUAUGUAUGUGCCUCUACGCAUGUCUUUUGGUAUAUACUGUGGAAUUUAAGUGUGUGGAUGUCUAAGAAAGCUUAGCCUUGCACUCCUUUCUUACCUUGUAGAUAAGCUUUAUUCCCCCUCAAAGUCAUUUGCAUCCUAUUUUCUCUCCACCAAACAGCACUCUUAUCCUGAAUGCAUCCUUUUGUUUUUUAUGGUGGAGUUCAGCACAUUCCUGCUGUGCUGUGUCCUUUAAGAGAGUGUGAUGUGUUCAGUGUGCUCCCGACUUUCAGACUUCAAUGGCUAUGAAUUCAUCAUGUCACACUGCUGCACUGUAAUGCCACCCCCCCCCCCCUCCUCUUUCUUUGAUGACUAUUGUUAUAAAAAUAUCACACAGAUAUGACUCACUGAUAAUGUUGCUAAGAUUUUUAUCCCACAAAAUGUGUAUUCAUAACAGCACUCUUUGUUCAUGAUGGUGUUUAAUGUGCCAAUGAAUCUGUCGUUGCUUCAGUGAUGGUACUACUGACCGGUGAAUCCAGAGACUAAAGAUUCAAAAUGAUGUCUUUACAUAACUGCAGACAUACUUGUGAGAUUUUACCCUUAAAGCUCCUAAAAAAAAUAUGAUGCUUCUUACUGUUGACUUUUGGCACCACUGACCUGGUCUCAUCAUGCACUGCCUGAAUCAACACUGUACAUACUGUAGCUGACCACACUGGCUAUGUUUACAUGCAUGGAGGGAUCCGCUGUUCAUGCGGCUAUUCUGGUUUGUGUUGACUUUUGGAAAAGUUCAGAAUAACAUGGUGUAACCUGUUCAAACAGAAGCCUCUCUGGUUGUGCAUGGUUCAGAAAUUGUUUGACAACUAGAUUGAGGAUUUAAUGCUACAAGACUAUUUUUGAUAAAUGUACUCCUAAUGCUUCAUUGGAAGGCCACAUUUGAAGGCUAAUGAUAUCCAAUUGGUAAAUGAAGCCUAAAGCCUUCCAUGACAAGUAUAUUGUCCUGACAGUUCAAGGACCAAAACAGUAAUUACUGGGAUUAUCAUUUGUGUCCCAUGUGUGAGAGAGAAACUACCUUUGGUCAGCUGGUGAGUGUCCAGUGUUUAGAACUAAACAGAUCAUUGGUUGCAACAUGGAUACUCUAACAGGUUAUCUUAUUUGCCAGUUAAACCUCCUGACCUGACUGUGGUCGCCUCUCUGUACUGUAAAAGUGAAUUAGUGUGUUAACGUAGCCUCUGAUGCCACCCAAUGUUUCCCUUUACCCCCUUUGUAGAAAGCAGGGUGAAAGGGACCAGAAUGUUUUCUGCCUCCUGAAAAUAAGUGUGACUGACUGUACUAAUAUUCUGUGGUAUUUAAGAAAAUAAAGUGUUACAGUAACUUGAAA